GCUGGUCGUUGAAGAGCGUGCGAAACGAAGCAGGCCAUUGUGCAUCACCUACUGCGACGGCAUGAGCAGCUCCAAGGAUGUAUCUUCCUACCGCCAACCCAAACAGCCCAAGAUCUCGGAGAAGCUGCUGUGCAAGCCCAGGUCAUACGCCCCUGCUAGAGUCGACAUGGCUGCCGGCACUUUACUAUCACAUAGCCAUGAGUGGACCGACAGCUCGGUCACAGUCCUGCCGACUUGCAAGUUUGUGAGCAAACGUGUUGGCACAACCUGUGAGCAUCCUCCGAUCAAGUCACUGCACAAGAGAGGACAUCUCUCUGUUGCUUGCUCAGCCGGUCACCAGUGGGUAUGGUGUGCCGAGUGCUGUAAUUGUACGAGGAGCUGUACCGCAGACGGGCAGAGGAAGCGGGGUUGCACCAAUCCAGUGCACUGGUUCGAAAGAGACGCGUUCGAUACUGGCAAGAGGAACCACAUGAAUAGGCAUCGCAAGUGAGUGCGGUACGAGAGCUGAAAACUCUUGAGGCUUUCGUGGAAAGUGGAAUAGUGCAAUUUGAAAAUA